UUUUAGGCGUCUCGCCGCAUAAGCCGCGUGCGCGCAGCAUCUUCCCUCAGGCCGCUCUGCGUGGUUGCUGUCUUCUCCGUCGUAGAGGAAUUAGGAGGAUGGGGAGGAAGUCUUCGUAUGUGCCUGACUUGGAGACCUCCGGCAGGAUGGGGCAGUGGUUGGAACCUUACCCGCCUCCUCCGCCGCCGCCACAGGAGUGGGUGCCGUGGCUGAUGCCCCUCAUGGCUCUCGUCCUCAGUUUUGCCUUCGCCUUCACAAUGUUUGUCAACGACUGCCCCUCCUCCAAGGACCACGAUGCUACCGAUUGCGUCUUCUACCCUUCUCUUGGUCGAUUUUCCUUUGAGCCGUUCUUCGUCAACCCGCUCCUUGGCCCUACCGCUGAAACGCUUGAUAAAUUGGGAGCUCUUGAUUACAAGAAAAUAGUGAUGGAUGGGGAAAGAUGGAGGCUUGUUUCCUGCAUGUGGCUGCAUGCUGGGGUAGUGCAUUUGCUUGCUAAUUUGUUUAGCCUCUUAUUCACCGGCAUCCGUCUUGAAGAAGAAUUUGGAUUUGUGAAGAUUGGAUUAUUAUAUUUCCUUUCUGGCCUUGGUGGAAGCUUGGUGUCCUGUGUUUCUAACAAAUUAAGCAUAUCAGUUGGCGUGUCAGGUGCACUUUUUGGAUUGUUAGGAGCUAUGCUUUCUGAACUAAUCACAAAUUGGACAAUUUACUCUAAUAAGUGUACAGCCCUUUUUACUCUUCUACUUGUAAUUGGCAUUAACAUGGCUGUUGGAGCGGUUCCUCAUGUGGAUAGUUCUGCCCAUAUUGGAGGAUUUGUUUCUGGUUUUUUGCUUGGUUUUGUGCUUCUAAUGCGUCCUCAGUAUGGAUAUAUCAGUCGUAAGCACAUCCCUCCCGGCUAUAACAUGGGACUUAUAAGACCAAAGUUCAAAAUUUACCAAUUGCUAUUGUGUCUUACAUCCCUUGUCCUCUUGGUUAUCGGAUUUGGUUAUGGAUUCACUAAACUUAAGCUGUUGAAUAUGGACCAACAACAAAUCUGGCUACUAAACUGAUGGGACUCUGCAGUUGUGCCAUUUGCUGCAAGUUUGUAAGAAUAUCUUCAUCAUCACAAAAUCUAGGAAGAAAAUAGCAUGCAACCAUUCUUUGGCCUUGUUUGUUCUCCUUGCUGAAAUUGAUACCAGAAGUCGUCUAUGAAUCUCCUUGUACAUGUGUCUACCAUUUUUUUCUGUAGAGUUCCCUUAAUAUAUCGAGUAAAGAAAUGUAUAUUAUGUAGUUUUGAUCACAUGUUUCUAUUAAUAUCUUGAGUACAGAAAUGCAUAUUAUGUAGUUUUGAUCUCAUGUUUCUAUGCUUUUA